AUCUCUUACAACUCUUAUUUCGCGCCAACUUCAAAGAUGGCGGACAAAAGCGCUCGACGGAAAGUCGGUGUCGGUGUUGGCGUGUUUAUAAUCUCAUCUGAUCACCCUAACUGUGUCAUAGUUGGACAGAGAAAAGGCUCAUCAGGAAGUGGGAAGUAUGGGUUACCUGGGGGACAUUUGGAAUUUGGUGAAGAAUGGUCUGAAUGUGCAGCAAGAGAAACAUUAGAGGAAACUGGACUGAAGAUUAAGAAUGUUUCAUUUGGAACUGUAGUUAAUGCAGUUGUUCCUGAAGAGGAUUACCAUUACAUAACAAUUUUCAUGAAAGGAGAAAUUGAUAACAGCCAGGCAAAAGAACCAGAGAACCUGGAACCAGACAAGUGUGAAGGUUGGGGUUGGUAUGACUGGGACUCAUUCCCUUCUCCACUCUUUGAACCUCUCAGAAUAGCAAGACUACAGGGAUACCAACCAUUUGACAAUGAAAAGCAUGGUCACAUUGACUCUGCACUGUUUAGCAUUUGUUCUAAUUAGAACCAUACACAGUGUUCAUGAUACAAGAGACAUCAAACACUGUGUCUUAGUUAAUAUCAUCAAAUGCAGAGAUGAAAUUUCAAAAUUAAAAACAACUUAAGUAUAAAGAUUACAUUCUUAAAAAGAAAAAAGAAAAUGACAAAACUAUUGCAAGGAAUAGUCUCCAGGACUUGAGUAAUAAAUGAAUCUAAGCUCAAUACAAGUUAUUUUUGUAAGAAAAUACCAUCACUUUUUAUGAUAAAGGCAAAUUCGAUUUGCACAUAAGCACUUUCUCUGUUGACAUUUUUGUGGAAAAAUUAUCUGAUUACCCUUACUACCAGUAGAGUCUUUUACAAUCUUGGCUCUUAAGUUCAAAAUAAUUGAGUUGAAACUUAUUGUUGAGUACUACUCCUCAGCACAUUUUUCAAACAUUCUGUGUUAAUAUUAGAUAACAGGCUUUGGAUAAUUUAGAAGUUUUUAACAUUGCCAUAAAUAAAGAUGAUUUCCAAGCUGUAA